AUGUCGACUACCACUCAGCAGAUCAGCGGAUCUGCUACCAACCUUCCUUACACUUGCAAUACCUGCCUGGUCGCUUUCCAUCGGAGCGAGGCGCAGAGAGAUCAUAUGCGAAAGGACUGGCACUUGUACAACAUGAAGCGCCGUAUCGCCUCUCUUCCACCAGUUUCUCUUGAAGUUUUCAACGAAAAGGUCAUUGCCGCCAAAGCGAACUCAACCGAGGCUGCCGCCAAAGCCUCCUUCGAAAAGACCUGCCAUCCCUGCCAGAAGACUUUCUACAGCGAGAACUCCUACCAGAACCACAUCAAGAGCUCCAAACACAAGCAACGCGAGAACCGCCUGAGGAAGGAGGGUGAUGAUGCAUCAGUCCUGAGCUCCGCGUUCUCUCUAGGAGAACCAGUUAGCAAAUCGAACGAGAAUGACAUUGCAAAGGUCACCGAUGAUUUGAAGUCUGCCACCAUUCAAGAAGAGGAUGAGGAUGUGGAGAUGCAAAACGAUAAGACCGAGUUCUCCGUCGCCCGCUGCCUGUUCUGUUUGGCCGACUCCGCCGAUGCCCAGGCCAAUGUUGAGCACAUGUACAAGGCCCAUGGAAUGUUCGUUCCCGAACAAACCUAUCUCGUCGAUCUCGAUGGUCUUCUCAACUAUCUUUACCGCAAGAUAACCGAAAAUCACGAAUGUCUCUACUGCCAUGCCGUCCGCAACAAUGCCGAGGGAACCCGCACGCACAUGCGUGACAAGGGCCACUGCAUGAUCGCCUUUGAAGCUGAGGAGGAGCAGGUAGAAAUUGGACAAUACUACGACUUCCGCAGCACCUAUUCUGAUGGAGAAGAUGACGAGGAAGAUGAGGACAUGGCUGAUGCCGGUGGCGUUAAGGUCAAGGGCUCCGAUGGGGAUGACGAUGGGUGGGAGACCGAUGCGUCCUCGGUAGACGAGGAUGAUGAGAUCGACUCACACCGUAAAGCACCUGUCAUCUAUCAGGAUGAGUAUGAGCUCCAUCUCCCAUCUGGCAAGAGCAUCGGUCACCGUUCACUCGCCAAGUUCUAUCGCCAGAACCUGCACAACUACCCCAGCGCGGACGAGCGCACUGAGCGCCAGCUGGCCAUUGCGAACGGGGAGAUUGAGGAAGAUGAAAGGCCCCGCGGCCGCAAUCAGAACCGCGCUCUCAUUACUCGUGCCAAUGGCGGUACUGGUAUGAUCGGUGCCACCAACCACCAGAAGCAGACUGUUCUUACCGCAGAGCGCCGCGAGCGGACUCGUGCGCUUCGGUCUGAGAACCGGUACCAUGCUCGCCUCGAGAGAGCCAACAACUCCCAGAAGCACUUCCGCGAUCCCCUUCUGCAGUGA